ACGCCCGUGCUGCCGCCGCCGACCGCAGGAACUGUGUGGAGCGGAGUGGAAGUCCUGGAAGUAGCAGAUGUUGAGGCGGACGCGAGGCACCCACGGCCAGGAGCGGCAGCGCGGGAGCACCGGCGGAAGGGAUAAGGGCGAAGGGGCCGAGGAGCAGCCUGAGGGAGCAGAUGCCCGGGCUUCGUCCUGGACCUCCGAGUAGGACCCACUCCGGACGGCUAGCGUGCUAGCGGCAGUUUUCGGCUAGUGAUUCCAGCCGGACCCGUUUCCGCACCCGAACCCUCGGAACGCGCUGCAUGUCGGUUCUGUCAUGUGUCCGGCCGGGUGCUCCCAUGUGAACGGGUUUAAAGUGGACAAUUGGAAGCAGAACCUGCGAGUCAUAUAUCAGUGCUUUGUGUGGAGCGGCACCGCGGAAACCAGGAGACGCAAGGCCAAGUCGUGUAUCUGUCAUAUGUGUGGUGCUCACCUGAACAGGCUCCACUCCUGCCUCUACUGCGUAUUCUUUGGCUGCUUCUCCAAGAAACACAUCCACGAACACGCCAAAAACAAACGACACAACCUAGCUAUAGACUUGUUAUAUGGUGGAAUAUAUUGCUUUGCAUGUCAAGACUACAUAUACGACAAAGACAUGGAGCAGAUUGCCAAAGAAGAGCAGAGAAAGGCCUGGAAACUGCAAGGUGUGGGGGAGAAGUUUUCGACGUGGGAGCCGACAAAACGGGAGCUGGAGUUGCUACGGCACAAUCCGAAACGCAGAAAAAUCACUACAAACUGCACUAUAGGUUUACGGGGCUUGAUCAACCUGGGCAACACGUGCUUCAUGAACUGCAUCGUCCAGGCGCUCACGCAUACGCCGCUGCUGCGAGACUUCUUCCUGUCAGACCGACACAAAUGCGAAAUGCAAUCCAACUCCUGUCUGGUGUGUGAGAUGUCUCAGCUGUUUCAGGAGUUCUACUCGGGCCACCGUUCUCCUCACAUCCCCUUCCGGCUGCUGCACCUGGUGUGGACACACGCACGCCACCUGGCAGGCUACGAGCAGCAGGAUGCACACGAGUUCCUUAUUGCUGCCCUGGACGUCCUGCACCGGCACUGCAAAGGUGACGACAAUGGGAAGAAGGCCAACAAUCCGAAUCACUGUAACUGCAUCAUUGACCAAAUCUUCACUGGCGGACUGCAGUCAGACGUGACUUGCCAAGUCUGCCAUGGCGUUUCCACGACGAUAGACCCAUUCUGGGACAUCAGCCUGGACCUGCCUGGCUCGUCCACACCAUUCUGGCCCCUGAGCCCAGGGGGUGACAGCGGUGUGGUCAAUGGCGAGGGUCACUUGACCGGAUCUACCACGCUCACAGACUGCCUGCGCAGAUUCACUCGGCCUGAGCAUCUAGGAAGCAGUGCCAAAAUCAAAUGUGGUGGUUGCCAUAGCUACCAAGAGUCCACUAAACAACUGACGAUGAAGAAGCUUCCCAUAGUAGCAUGUUUUCAUCUGAAACGCUUUGAGCAUUCGGCCAAGUUGCGGAGAAAGAUCACUACCUAUGUGUCCUUCCCCUUAGAGCUGGACAUGACUCCUUUCAUGGCCUCCAGUAAAGAGAGCAGAGUGAACGGCCAGUAUCAGCAGUCAGUAGACGUCUUAAACAACGACAAUAAGUAUUCCUUGUUUGCUGUGGUUAAUCACCAGGGCACGCUGGAGAGCGGUCACUACACCAGCUUCAUCCGCCAGCACAAGGACCAGUGGUUUAAAUGUGACGACGCCAUCAUCACUAAGGCCAGCAUUAAAGAUGUGCUGGACAGUGAAGGAUAUUUGUUAUUCUACCAUAAGCAGUUCCUUGAAUACGAGUAGCCUUAUUCAGCGGUCUGCAGUCUGUGGAGUACAGUGUUCAUUUAGGGAGAUAAAGAGAGAGAGAGAGGGAGAUCCCACCUGCAGCAGAGGACAAAAUUAACACAAGCCUACCUGAAACUGUGACUACCCAUCGCCUCCCUCUCACAAGGGGCCAACGAAGUAAAAGAGACAACAAAAAAGAGAAAAUAAAUUAAAAAUAAAAUAAAAAAAAAAACAAAACAAAUCAUGCAACACAUUCAGAUCAGCACUGAGUUAAACGUUACUUGACACAAAAAAAGCAGUGGAGGAAGGAGGAAGAACCACCGACCAGGACAGGACACUCGUCCUUCCUCUUUUUCCAUCCAUGGAUAAAGAAUGGAAGGUAAAAUGAACAGAUCUGUGAAAAAGAGGAGGAGGAGGAGACGGAGAGCACAUCUCAGCUUUGACUACAGUUUUUUUUUUUUUUUUUU